GCGCAGGCUCCCCGGUGCCCGCCCCUCCGCUGGAGGGCGGGGGGCGCGAGCGGGCGGCCGGGGAGGGGCCGGCCCCGCCGCAGCAAAAUGAGCCUGCUGUCGGCCAUCGACACAAGCACCGCCUCGGUGUACCAGCCGGCCCAGCUGCUCAACUGGGUCUACCUGUCGCUGCAGGACACGCACCAAGCCAGUGCCUUCGAUGCCUUCCGGCCCGAGCCUCCCGCCGGCGCCGCACCCCCGGAGCUGGCCUUCGGCAAGGGUCGCCCGGAGCAGCUGGGCUCGCCCCUGCACUCCAGCUAUCUCAACAGCUUCUUCCAGCUGCAGCGCGGAGAGGCGCUGAGCAGCAGUGUGUACAAGAGCGCCUCGCCCUACGGCUCCCUCAACAACAUCGCCGACGGCCUCAGCUCCCUCACCGAGCACUUCUCAGACCUGAACCUCACCUCGGAGGCCCGCAAGCCCAGCAAGCGGCCCCCUCCCAACUACCUGUGCCACCUGUGUUUCAACAAAGGACACUACAUCAAGGACUGCCCCCAGGCACGCCCCAAAGGUGAGGGCCUGACACCAUACCAGGGCAAAAAGCGCUGCUUCGGUGAGUACAAGUGCCCCAAGUGCAAGAGAAAAUGGAUGAGCGGCAAUUCAUGGGCCAACAUGGGGCAGGAGUGCAUCAAGUGCCACAUCAACGUGUACCCACACAAGCAGAGACCCCUAGAGAAGCCAGACGGCCUGGACGUGUCAGACCAGAGCAAGGAGCACCCACAGCACCUGUGCGAGAAGUGCAAGGUCCUGGGCUACUACUGCCGCCGUGUGCAGUGACCGCCGCCCACCUGCCCAGUGG